AUGAUGGCCUCCUCCAUCGUCAAGCUGGAGCCUGAUGGUGAACACGAUUUGCAGAACCUCGUCAUCAGCUCACAGCCGGUUGAUUCUUCCACCUCACAAUUUCCUGACCAAGAAGCCGAUAACACUCAGCGCCUAUCUGAGCUUUGUCAAGAGAACUCGAUUGAGAAACUUGAGAAUGGUCUCAAGAUUGGCAAACGGCUUCUAGAAGAGCUCGGACCGGCUGUUCGCAAUCUCAACUCACCCGCUGGAGAGCACUACCUCAAGACCAUAGAAGGUCUCUUGCAGGCUGCCAAGAGGACCCGAACUGUCGUUGGCGUCGUUGGCAACACUGGAUCAGGCAAAUCAUCGGUCUUGAAUGCUCUUUUGGACGAGUCAGAGCUUCUAGCGACCAACUGCAUGCGCGCCUGCACGGCUUCAGCUACUGAGUUGAGCUUCAACUAUUCAGACAACCCCAAAGAAAGGUAUCGCGCUGAAGUCGACUUUAUCUCCCCUGAAGAUUGGGCCGCCGAGCUCGAACUGCUGUGGGAUGACCUGAUGGAUUCCAAUGGCAGGAUUGGCCGAGAAGCAUUCGCCAAAGAGGGCGAUGCGAGCAUUGCCUUGGCCAAAGUCAAAGCUGUCUACCCAACAUUGGGGAAUGCUGAUUUAUCGGCUUGCGACCCCAAAGAGCUUGCUCGAGAACCAUAUGUUCUCCAAAUGCUUGGGACUACUAAAAAGGUGCAGGCAGAGACGGCGGCGGAACUCUUUGCCUUGCUUCAAGCCUAUGUUGAUUCAAGAGAUGACCGGGACGGGCGUACGUAUAAAAGGACCAUGGAAGCAUGGCCGCUGGUUAAAGUCGUUCGAAUUUACACAAAAGCAGAUGCUUUAGCCGCUGGGAUCAUCCUCGUGGAUCUACCAGGCGUUCACGAUAGCAAUGCGGCCCGAGCAGCCGUCGCCGCCAAGUAUAUGAAAGAGUGCAGUGGACUGUGGAUUGUUGCACCUAUUACCCGUGCAAUAGACGACAAGUCGGCCAAAACUCUGCUCGGCAACGCCUUCAAGCAGCAGCUCAAAUUCGACGGCCUGUUUGGCCAAGUGACCUUUAUUUGUUCCAAGACGGACGACAUCUCAGUCUCUGAGGCGGUCAAGAGCCUCAGAAUGGGGCAAACUGCAGAAGGGAAAUGGGCUUCAGUUGACAACCUCAAAGAACAAAUCCGCAAUUGCAAGCUAGAGGCCGAGCAGCUCAAAGCCGAACAGAAGUCACUCGAUGACGACAGAGAGCUGAAGCAGAAGGAGCUUGCGAUUUGGAACCAGCUGUCUGCAGACUUCAGGAGAGGUCGCACUGUUUAUCCGCCGCCACCAGCAGUGUUUUCUAAGAAGCGCAAGCAUCAGACUCGUCAGACACGCAACAGCCGUCGCAUGGAUCUUUCAGCAUCUGACGACAGUGAGGACUCUACCGAAAGUGAAGACGAACUUGCAGAUGGUGGACCGACCGACUCCAAACCAGCCACGAGUUUGCCCUUGACCAGCACAGAGAUAGACAAAACUCUUGAUUCGCUCAGGGAGGUGCUACCACAUCUGACUCAGUCGAAGCAAGAUGUCACUCGGCGCAGCAAGGCACUAAAGAAUAAGAUGAAGGAUCUCAAAAAACAAGCAUCUGAGCUGCAACAAGAAGUAGAAGCGAUGUGUAUCAAGGGCCGAAAUGAGUACUCCCGCAAGGCAAUCCAGCAGGAUUUUGCCAUGGGAAUCAAGGAUCUCGACCAAGAUGCUAUGAUUGAAGAAGAUGAAAGUUCGUUCAAUCCCGACAUAGAAAUUCGUGACUAUGACAAAGUCGCCGAUUCUCUUUCCGUCUUCUGCGUCAGUAGUCGAGCCUAUCAACACUUGUGUGGCCGCAACCAGCGCGACAGGUUCAGCAAUCGAGGUUACGAGCGUAAAUAUGACACUGAGAUUCCUCAGCUUGUUAGACAUGCUCAAGGAAUGACGGAGGCCUACAGAUUAGGCCAUUGCAGACGGUUUAUGAACGAACUGCACCAGCUAGUUGAGUCGAUUUCGAUAUGGACAACGCCUCGUGAGGAUAACAUGCAGACGACCGAUGAAGAGCAACGUCUCAUUGAAGAGGUCCUGCGUCGAGAAUUCGAGUCUUUCGAGAUUGCCUUUGCCACAUCAAUCGAUACCUUUGUGACAACACUGCAGGACCGCUUCUCCGAAUUGAUUAUCCCAGCUCUGGACGCCAAGAUUUCGGUAGCCACGUCGGCUGCUGUAGAUGUUUGCCGAGGCUGGGGUGCACCAAGAGACGAAGGCGGUCUCCAUUGGGGGACACUUCGGGCCACCCUCAAACGCAAAGGGGCUUUCAAUGGCGCUGCUGGCCAAAGGAAUUUCAAUCUUGAACUCCUUGAGCCCAUCAUGUCGCAUCUUGCCUCGGCCUGGGAAGAGACAUUUCAGCGACGGAUCCCCAUCGCCAUCAGGACGCUUGUUGCCUCAGUCCAGAGAGCCUUACAGGCCUUUCACGCUAACGUAACCACUGCAAACAACCUGCCGGUUCCGGCUCAGGAUAUUGCUAUCUUGGCUCGGCGACUGUGUGGAUAUUUGGAAAAAGUGUCUGCAAUUCAGGUUGCGCUGGACCAAGAAAUCACCGAGGCCCAACGCGAAGCCAAUCGCCAACUCGAGCCGGCCAUUAUUGACCGCAUGUCGCUCGGAUAUCGCCUGGCUUUGGAAGAACGAGGAACUGGCUCCCACAUGCGUAUGAAAGGCAUAAUGGUUGACCAUGUCAAAGUUGCCCGACAUAUAAUGUUCAAAGAAGCCAAGAAAGCUGUGCAAGAUGAUCUGAAAGCUCUGUCAAACCAAGUCCAUGGCAGUCUGAAGGAGCUGGCCUCAGAAAUAAACGCCAGGACACUCCAUGAUUAUUCAGCUGUGCUGCUGGGGAACAGAGCCGAGCGCCUGAACGACAUCGCGGAGAUUCUCGCCACUGUGCACAUGCGCUUUACAUCUGUUUAUCAAGAUGCCCCAGCUCCAUUGAUGGUCAAAGAGGAGAGCAAGAUAUAA